GCCGCCGCAGAGACCUCAACACUUUCGCACAAUCAGACAGCGAUUUGUGAGAGCUGGCCUCAGAAGCGUCGCCCGCUGCUGAGUGAGAAACUUCACUCAAGGGCAUUAACUUCUAUCGUGACAAGCAGUCAUCUAUUCUACAUCUGCUCAUCAUUAAACAUUCCGACGCGAGCCGCUCACAUCAUCGCACAAAUUCUCUUGAACCAAGAUGGCUUCGCAGGUGACGGUAUCGCAGCAGCAUCGCUGCCAACAACACGAGUCAAAGCCGCACAGAUAUGCGACCCCUUCGCCAGGUGAAGAGGUGGUGAUCUCGGGGGUGGCAGGCCGCUUCCCCGAGUGCGACGACAUGCAGGCGCUGCACGACGCUCUGCAGCGCGGCGAAUGCCUCCUCACCACCAACGAGCGCCGUUGGAAUAUUGAUCACCCCGAGAUGCCUAAGAGGACCGGCAAAAUGCACCGCCUGGAGAAGUUUGACGCGAGCUUCUUCCGGGUGCACUUCAAGCAAGCGCACGCCAUGGACCCCCAGUGCCGGCUGCUGCUGGAGCGCGCCUAUGAGGCCAUUGUGGACGCGGGAAUAAACCCAAAAACGCUGCGUGGAAAAAGAAUGGGUGUGUAUGUGGGCGCUUGCUUCUCUGAAGCAGAGAAGACACUGUUCUAUGAAAAGGUUCAGGUUUCUGGCAUGGGAAUAACAGGUUGCUGUCGCGCUAUGCUGUCCAAUCGUAUAUCUUACUGGCUCGGAGCGAAAGGCGGUAAUUUGGGUAGUAUCGUGGCCAGCCCCACGGAGAAGACGGUGGCCCGGAGCGGGGUGUGUUUGGGCAAUUUGACUUUAAGGCAUAGCAGGGCAGGUCACAUCAGGCCAACUAGGGAGAUGAUACAGUAUAGACAGAAUGCAUUUCUUUCCCUCUCUGAAGAGAUUAAUAUAGCUAUUCCACUCAUUUAA